UGGUUGACCCGGAAGUACAUUGAGUGAAUGACCCCCGCACGUUUUACGAUUUUGAUGAACGUGACCAUGGAUUCGCCUGAUGACUGUCGUGUCCUGUCCAUCCAAAGCUCGGUCGUUUCCGGAUAUGUUGGCAAUAAGAGUGCUACUUUUCCUCUCCAGGUUCUCGGAUUUGAUGUGAGCACUGUAAAUUCUGUCCAGUUCUCCAACCAUACAGGUUAUAAAGUGUUCAAAGGCCAAGUGUUGAAUGCUGAUGAUAUGUCCUGUCUCUAUGAUGGACUGAAGAGCAACAUGAUUCAUCACUACACACACCUGCUCACAGGCUACAUAGGGUCCAAAUCAUUCCUGGAAAAGGUCGGUGAGAUUGUCAAAGAUCUACGAGAACAAAAUCCUAAUCUGACUUACGUGUGUGAUCCAGUGAUGGGAGAUAACGGUAAAAUGGUUGGCUUGUCAGGUGACUUAUGGUAUGUGCCAAAAGAACUACUGGAAGUGUACCGAGAAGUAAUUGUACCCCUCGCAGACAUCGUCACACCAAACCAGUUUGAAGCUGAGAUGCUGACAGAAGUGAAGAUAGAGACAGAAGCUGAUGCAUGGAAAGCCAUGCAGAUUCUCCAUGACAUGGGACCAAAGACAGUGGUCAUAAGUAGUAGUGAUCUGGGGCCAGAGGGCAACAUCGUGGGGCUAGCCAGCUCCAUAACGAACGGCUGUAAGGAACACUACCGGAUCAACAUGCCCUACAUCCCUCAGGUGUUUGUAGGCACAGGGGAUUUGUUUGCCGCUUGUCUCCUGGCCUGGAUACAGAAGGACAAAAAUCUCAAGGUGGCAUUAGAAAAGACAGUGUCAAUUGUCCAAGCAGUUAUACAGAGGACCGUUUGCCACGCACUCCGUUUGGCUGGUAAAGGAAACAAACCAACCCCAGAACAGAUGGAACUCAGACUGAUACAGAGCAAGGCAGAUAUAGAACACCCAACGAUUCAAUUUGAAGCUGUGCCAGUUUGACCCCUGUAGAAGUGUAGUUGUAAUGUUAUAGAGUAGGAUAUUAAUAGGAAAUAAUAAUGUUUGACUGUUUAUGUGGUGAGCCUAAAACACCAAUCAGUUUCUAUCUCAAAUAUUUGAUACUGCAUUCCACCAAAUUAUUGUGAGUCAUUCAUGCUAAUUCAUCAGGACUAUAGGGUAACUAACUGUAUCAAUUACAUGUUAUGUUUGUCUAUAAAUGGUGCUGUAUGCUUACAUGUGUCAGGAAUAUUUUACAUAUUUGGUUCAUAAGAUUUUGUAAAUCUGUGAAAAAUUGUGGCAGCCGGUAUGAGACAACAAUUUUUUUAAUUUUUUCUAUUAUACUUCAAAUUGGUAAAUAAGAUGACAAAAGGUCUGCUUUAUUUAUAUUGGGCACCUGAACAACUGGCAAGAUGUAUGUGGGCACUUCAUUGAUAGAAUGGAAAUUACAUCAGAGGCCAACCUGGCAGAUUUGGCUGUUUUCAUUAUUCAUUUUACAGCAUGCACAUGUUUAUUCUUACUAGACUAAGUAUAGUUUUACAGUUUUGGGGAAAAUAUUUAGAUAAUUUAUUUAUCUCUAUUUAACAUAUGCUGGUGAAGAGUUUCAAUUGUAUUUUGUUACAAUAAAUAAUCUUUAAUUCAAAUUAUUUUGGCUCUAAAGACUUACCAUAUAACAAUCGAAUUUCACAGCAUUAAUCAUUACUCAAUCAUACGUGAUCGAAGAACAUUUUUUUUAACAUUGCAAAAAACUAAAUAUUUAAUGUUUCAUAAGAUAAAUGAUGAGGUCAGGUAUCAUUAUAUUGAUCAGCUGUAGGAACAGAAACAUUGUAAAUUGUAUUCUGUACUUUUUCAUGAGUUGUAGAAUUUGAACAUAAAUGUAAAAUUAAACAUAUUCUCAUAAUUCGAGGGAUUAUUUUCAUGAGUUGUAGAAUUUGAACAUAAAUGUAAAAUUAAACAUAUUCUCAUAAUUCGAGGGAUUAUUCUCAUCCAUGUCAAAAGCACCAUCCACCAUUAUUUCUUUAUAAGCAGAAUAGAUAAUUAAUUUUCUGUUUGGCUUCAAAUUUAUCAUCACAAAAUUAUCUAAAAAAUCAUUUCAUUCUUUCAUCCAAUAUUUUUUUAAAUUGAUAAACGGGUACUGUAUACAUGUACAUGUUUUAAUAUGUAUUUCAGAUAUUGAAAGAGUUUGUUACACAGUGGCAUUUAAUUUUUACCGAAUUAUAUACACUAUACUCGAAAGGAUUGGGGAUUACUUUCAUUCUACAAUUUGGGUCCAAUAUUGUCCAUUGUAUCUAUACUACAUCAAUUUUACUUGUUGAAAAGUAUCCUAUUAAAGAAAUUAAUUUUAAUUUUACCUGCCAAGGAUUUCUGAACAAUUGUUGACUGACUUUUGUUAUGAGACCCACAAUAUACUGCAUUAACCCACUGCUAUAUUCAUGAUACCCUAAUUCUAAUCUUUCUGUUAUUAGCUCAUCUGGUCGGAAACACCGGUGAACUUAUGUCGUCAUGGAGCAUGUCUGUCGUCUGCCAACUUUACACUACUAGUAAUGAACUACUGAGCACAUUUCAACCAAACUUGGUGUGGAGCAUCCUUGGUGAAAAAGAAACAGUUUUGUAUAAGGAUGGGCCCCGAGAGGCAGGGCUAAACAGAUGAAAUAUGCACCAAAUUGGUUGAAAUCCUCCUUCUAUAUGAAUUAAAGCAGUUUUGUAUAAGGAUGGGCCCCGGGAGGCAGGGCUAAACAGAUGAAAUAUGCACCAAAUUGGUUGAAAUCCUCCUUCUAUAGGAAUUAAAGGAUUUGGUCCAUAUUUGAUCUAAUGCUUCCUUGAUUAAAGGGAAUUCACUCCAUAUUUGAUCUGAUGCUUCCUUGGUUGAAGGGGAUUCAGUCCAUAUUUGAUCCGAUAGUUCCUUGGUUGAAGGGGAACAAAUUUUGUAUCAACAGUGUGUCUGGGUCCCAGGGCCCAAUAGGGAAACAUAGCAAUUGAUUUAAGAUUCUUCUGCAGGAAUGAAAAGAUUCGGUCUGAAGCAUUCUUGGGUGAAUAAGAAACAAAUUGGUGUAAACAGUGGGCUUGAGCCUGAGGGGCAGGGUCAAACAGGGAAGGUUAAAAUCCUUCUUCUUCUGUAUGAAUGAAAGGAUUUGGUCCAGAUUUGAUCUGAAGCAUCCUUGUUUGAAGGAAAACCGAUUUUGUAUAAACAUUGGGUCUUGACCCCACAGAAGUCUGAGAGGUGGGGCCAAAUAUGAAAAAUAAAGCAAAUUCUUCAAAAUCCUUCUUCUGUAGAAUGUAGUGUUUUCCCAUAUCCACUGCCAUAUCCAUGUGAGCGAUACAUGGCCUCUUGAGUUUGUCAGUAUUUUGUUAUUAUUAAAAAGUCUAUUAAAACUAUGGUAGAUAUAUAAUUCUAUAGAUUAUGAGAUGGCAAUAUUGUAUGGGGUUCCUCAUUAUUUAAACAGUCAAGUUUUUCAUUCUGAUAAAAAGAGCCAUUUGUCUCACUUAAAUCUGUCUCGAUUCCUAAUAGAAAAGAUGUUGUAUGAAAAGCAAACUUAUUUUAAGGACAAUAUGUAAUGGAUAAUUGGUAAGUUGAGUACAUUGUAUGUUAAAUAUGAAUUAUAUUGUGUCAUGAUUGUAUCAGAUACAUGACCUUCAUGUGUUGAACAUUAAAGAGAACCAGAUUUUUAAA